AUAGUCUGCAGCUGUUAUUCACACUUGAAAAGAUAUAGAAUUUUAGAAAAAGAAAGCUGAUUGGUAUUUUAUACAUCUGUUUAAUUCUCAUUAAAAAAAGAAAACAAUUCAAUUCUUGCUAUAAAAUCGCAAAGUAAAUGCCAAUUAAAACUGGUACCAGUGAAAAUAACACCGGGCAUUGAACGUGAACAAGUUAACAGCCGUGUGGACCAGGGAUAAAAAAAAAGUGUAACAGAUGCUUAGAAAAACAUAAAAUCGAAUGUGUCGGUGGAAUAAUAAAGAGUACGAAUGUAGCGAUGGCCAUACUUUUUUAAGUCAUGGACACAAGCGGUAAAAUAUUAGCAAUAUUUAAGGCGUACGACACUGAAGGAAACGGUUACAUUAACGAAAAACAAUUAUCUUUAAUAUGUCCGAAUUUAAAUUGUGAUGAGACACGUCAAGUCUUUCUACAAUUGGAUAAAGAUGGUGAUGGAAGAAUAUCAAUAGAGGAAUUUCAACAGGGUUUCGCCAACAUUAGUUCCUCAAUUGAUCAAAAAGGAAAUAACAAUAGUGGAUUUAUUGAUAAUUUAAAUACAAAUUUUUCAGUGUUGUCUUGCCAGGAUGAAAUCUAUGAACUCUACCACCUAUUACUUACCGAUAACAGACCUAACGUGUUAAAUUUAUUCGAGUCCCUUAUAUCAUCGGUUAUCAGAGAUAUUGAACAGGCCUACAAACAGCGGGACGAGGCUGCUAAACCUAAAGAAUAUUUUGUAGACGAACGCCUAAAAAUUUCAAACACGGAAUUAGAAAGAAAUUUACAACAAGACGCUUUAACAAAAUCUGCAAAUUAUUUAUCAAAAAAUAGCCAUUUUAGUGAAAUUGUUGAAUUGAGAGCAAGAUUAAGGAGAUUAGAAAAAGUUGAGACAGAAUUAUGGGGUGAAAGACGUUUAGGGAUAACUAAAGAAAAUUUUGAAGAGAUGAAAAAUGAAAUUAGGUCGUUGAAGAGUUGCUUAACGGAUGCCCAUACUCAAUUAACUGUUAUCAAAUCGGAUUUUACGCACUUGAAACAAAAGUACGAGGAUAAGUGCUUCGAAUUAGAAAAUGAAAAAGAAUUAUUGACCGAAUAUAUGAGCGAACACGAAAAUUUAUCUCAUCAAAUUCAUUCGCUACACGAUGCUAAUAGACGUCUACACGGCGUUAACGAAGAGCUAAGAUCCUCUGUUGAGGCAGAAAGGAGUCGUAAAUCUUAUUUGGUCAAAAGAAGUCCGGUGUCCACCGAUUUUUUCAGAGCUCAGGACGAUAUGGAUAGCGGGAAAUAUACUUCAGAGGAUGAUUCGGUAUCCUCAGUUUUUGAAGCAACCAGGAGUCAUCAUAUAAUUAGCAUGAGCGAACCUCAAAGAAUGUUUAAAGUAGUUUUAGCAGGGGAUUCAAAUGUCGGUAAAAGCAGCUUCUUAAUGCGUUUAUGCAACGACAUCUUUCGACCGAACGCGACAUCUUCAACGAUUGGUGUUGAUUUUCAAACAAAAUCUAUUGAACUAGACGGUAUACCAAUAGCCGUUCAAAUAUGGGAUACUGCAGGACAAGAACGUUUUAGAAGCGUCGCAAGGUCAUACUUUAAAAAGGCUGAUGGAGUGCUCUUACUCUACGACUCUACUGAUCCAGAGUCCUUUUUGAACGUUAGAAACUGGACAAGUACAAUCGAAGAAAUUAACAAAUUGCCCAUCGUACUGUGCGCUAACAAAACAGAUGCCUGGAACUCUUCAAAAACUUUCAUCACCACUAAGGAAGGUCAGCGAUUGGCUGAAGAAAUCGAUGCAUUCUAUAUAGAAACAAGCGCAAAAAAUGGCAAGAACAUCGAAGAAGCUGUUAUAGAAUUAUCAAGAAUACUUGCCGCUAACGAAGAUAUUAGCGUUAGAAACGCUGGUUUACAACUAAAUGAAAAUCCUGAAAAGAAACGACGAAGUUGCUGUAAAUCGUGAUAAAAAAUUAUUGUUUUGUUUUGUUUUUUUAAAAAAACAGAAAGUUAGUAAAAAUUUUUAUUUAGCCUUUUUAGAACUAUAUACUGUAUAUAUACUAAAAGAAAAAACGCUGAAAACAACAAAAAAACAGCAAAUAAAUCAAUAAUUACGCAGUUGUUUAAUAAAAAUUACGAAUAAUAGAAAUAACAAAGUAUUUUGUUUAACGUUAUUGAAAAAAAAAGAAACUACAUUAUUUAUGUUAUAUUUAUAUUUUUAGUAAAAGUUCC